AUGAAAAUAUUUGCUUCUUUUAUUUUCCUUUUUUUUUUGUGUGUUGUAAAUAAAUUGUAUAGUUAUAAUGUUAUACAGAACAACACAAAUUUUUUAUUUAACGCAAAAAAAAAUCCAAAGAUUGAAAAGUACCCUUUUGAGAAGGAUGCCUUGAAUGAAGAUGAAUUUGCAGUGGAGGCAAACAUACCUGAGCAAGAAGGGGGGAGAAGUAGCACUUUAAAAUUUCUGUUUGAUUUAUUUAAAGAUGAAAGAGGCGUUGAUACAUCAUUUGGCGGACAAAAUUAUGGAAAUGGGAUAGAUGGGUCGCACGGUGUUAGCGGUGUUGGCAGCUUUAGCAGUAUUAGCAAUGUUAGCAAUGUUAGCAAUGUUAGCAAUGUUAGCAGCAGUAAUAGUAACAGCAAUAGCAACCUCAGUAUUAGUAGGGGUGAAGGGGAUGAUGACGGGGGAGACGGAAAAAACAAUAACGAAGGUGAAGAGGAAAGAAGGAUGUUAUUCAAGCGUGCGAUGGAACUAAAGAAGGGAUCAAAAAAUGUAAAAAAAAAUGUUCCAAAAUGUAUAAGCAUCUUACAAAACUUGAUAAGUGAGAAAAGAGAUAAAAUUACGUCCUCCUCAUACUACGAAUUAGGUAAGAUAUACUUUUUUGGUUUUAAGAAUUAUUUUUUUUGUCACAAAAGAAAUAUAAAAUUAUGUUUAUAUUAUUUAGAAAAAUCAGCUGAACUGAAAAACCCUGCUGCUUUGCACUUUUUGAGUUUUAUUUAUUUUUAUGAGUUUCAUCAAGUGGGGGAGCCAGACGAGAAUAAGGGGUUGACCAUGAGUUCUGGCGAUAGCUCAAGUGGAGGAUUCAGUGGAAUAAUGAAUGGAAACAUUAGUGGAAAUGUAAGAAGAAGCGUAAGUAAAAGAGGACGGGGUAAUAUCAGCGACAAGGAGUACGCAAAAAAGAACAACAUAAGGAUGUCUAUUGAGUAUGAGUUAAUAGCUUGUAUGUUCAACUACACUCCAGCUCUUCUAAGUUUGGCUUACAAAUACUUAUAUGGAAUAAAUAUAAAACAAAAUUAUGAUAAGGCAAAAGAAUAUUACAAAAGGGUAGCUGAAACUGUGAUGAAUUCGGAUUACAUAAACAUCCCUUUGUCCGAGCUGGAUAUAUUGAAUGGGGAAAACUUAAACAUGCACAAUGAAAUAAAUAAUUUGAAAAAUAAUGAAGAAGAUAUUUUAGAAUUUCUAAAUGAACAAAUUAAAGGAGGAGAUGUCAUGGCUAUGUAUGAUCUUGGUAAAAAAUACAAAGAAGAAAAGAAUUUUACAAAAGCAUUUCAAUAUAUUAAUGAAGCUUCGAAAAAGAAUAAUUUGUUAGCUCUUAAAGAGUUAGGCAUUAUUUACUUGUACGGUUAUGGAGCUCCAAGAGAUAUAGAUAAGAGUAUAGAAAACUUUUCCAAAGCAGCAGAAGCAGGGGACGUAGAGUCCAAAUGUUAUCUAGGUUACAUCUACUACUUCAUUGAUGAAUACAAAAAUGUAAAGUUAUCCUUAAAAUAUUUAACAGAAGCAGCUAAUCAUGAUUAUGGAGAAGCCUUUUUUUUUCUAGCAGAAAUUAUUUUAGACAUAUCAAUUAAAAAGAGAUAUAUAUCUGAUUAUGUAUAUAAGGUUGUCUUUAAAUUGUAUGAACACUCAGCUGAUUUGGGUUAUGUUCAGGCAUAUUUUAGAGAAGCACAAUUAUACGAAAUCGGCAAAGGAGUAAAGGAAUCAUGUUUAAAUGCUACUCUUUCUUACAAAUUUGUUUCUGAGAGUACACUUUGGACUAAUAAGAUAAGACAAGGCAUGAAUUACUACAUCGAGAAGGACUACCUGAAAUCUUUCUAUACUUAUGCAUUGGCUUCGUAUGAAGGAUAUGAAGUUGCUCAGAGCAAUUUAAUUUAUAUUUAUAAGAAUAAUAAACUAGAAAAUUUUGUAAAACGAGAAAAAAUUAUGCUAAUGCUAAAUUUGUUAUACAGUCAAGGUAAUUAUAGAGCAUUAUACGAAAUAGGCGAAAUGUACAAAAAACAAAAAAAAGAAAAUUUAUCGAUUUCUUUCUACAAGCUAGGAUUAAAGAAGGGGGACCUUCGCAAUUUAUUACCGCUCUCUGCAUACUACGAAAAAAAUAUGCAAAAUGAUAGAGCACUGAGGUACAUUAACCACUACAUAAAGCAAAGGAAGCGAGAAAAGGAACAGAGUAACACCAAGAUGGAGAUGGUAAAGAGCCUGUUGGACAGCUCGAUGUUGUACUUUCGUAAAUACAAGUUAAUUUUAAAAAAUUUGUAUAACUCAAAACAAAAAAAAAAAAGUUAA